ACUGUGUACACCGUAAAAAGUACACUGUUGUACACUAUUAUUUGUGACGUGUACACUGUAACCUUGUUUCAGGUUGAAUAUUUCUUAAGAUGGCUACCGAGGUCGCGGAAAAAAUCAUCGCUAAGAUCAGCCUCAAGGCAGAGGAGGAGGAGGAGGAGGAGGAGGACCUUGUUGACCCAGCAGCUACUUUAAAGGAGGAGUGUGCUGAGACCAAGUGUGCAUCAUACAAGGCUAGACUAGACGAGUGUAAUGAAAGAGUUUUAAGUAAAGCCAAGACUUCUGAAACCUGUUUUGAAGAGAUCCUAGACUUCUACCAUUGUGUGGAUCAUUGUGCAGCUCCUAAAAUAUUCCAGCACGUGAAAUGAGGUGUCUAUUCUACAGUGUUCAACUUCUCUCAUCAACUAACUGUAGUGGAUUCUAGUUUAAAUAUAAAUAGAUUUGUUAAACCUUGAAAUCUUCAUUAUUUCAGA